AUGAAGGUUUCUCUCUUGGUCCCGUUUCUUGCUUCGCUCGUUGUAAGCGUUCCAACGCCGCCAAGCAAUGAUGUCGUAUCAUAUGAUGGAUACAAGGUCUUGCGGAUCAACACGUAUGGGCACCCGUCCGCUCUGAAAGAGAAACUCUCAGGAAUUGCAUACGAACAGUGGAACCGUGAUAUCUACAAGCAUCUAGAUAUUCUCGUUUCCCCUGAUCAAUUUGCCACGCUCGAAGCACUUGAUAUUCAGUACCAAGUGAUGCACGAGAACUUGGGAGAUUCAAUUGCGGCCGAAUCCAAUUCGAAGUUGGCGUGGAAAAGACAGGUUGACGAUCUCUCUUGGUACGAGUCGUACCAUGACUACCAGGAUCACAUCCAAUAUUUCGAGGAUUUGCAAAAGUCUUUUCCGAACAACUCAGAGCUCAUCUCAUCUGGUACCUCUUAUGAGGGAAGAAACAUAUACGGUCUCCACCUAUGGGGUGCGAGCGGGCCCGGUAAACCGGCAGUGCUUUACCAUGGGAAUGUUCAUGCCAGAGAAUGGAUAACAUCACCGGUUGUUGAAUACAUAACGCUCCAACUAGUCACUGGCUAUAAAAACGGCGACUCGCUUACUAGUUUCUUUUUGGAUAAAUAUGACUUCUAUAUCGUACCAAUUGUGAAUCCAGACGGUUUUGUGUUUUCUCAAACAAGCAAUCGCUUAUGGCGUAAAAACCGCCAGCCACCGCCUGAGAAUGGAAACCAGUCUUGUAUUGGCCGAGAUAUCAAUCGUAAUUGGGAAUUUGCGUGGGAUGCAAAUCCGUUAGGCGCCUCUACAAACCCCUGCUCCCAGAGCUACAAAGGCGAGGCGCCAUCGGACACACCGGAAAAUCAGGGCUUAGACAAACUGGUGCGUAAGUUGCGCGACGGUGCAGGCAUUAAACUAUACAUAGACUGGCAUAGCUAUGGGCAAUAUAUCCUGUCGCCAUUCGGGUACAAGGAAACGUUGUACGCGCCGGAGCUUGGCAAAUGGACCAAAGCGGCCGGAAUCGUGAGCGAGACAAUUCGGGACAGCUCAGACGCGGGAACUACAUUUACUUUCGGGCCUAGCGGGGCGACGUUAUACCCAACGACUGGUGCGGCGCCUGACCAUGUUUAUAGUAUUGGUCGCGCCGAGUUUUCUUAUACUAUCGAACUCCGGGACACAGGCAAAUUUGGAUUUGUGCUUCCUCCCGAGCUAAUAAGGCCCACCGCCGAGGAACAGUGGGAAGGGCAAAAGGCUCUGCUCGGUUUGCUGGAUGAGGAUUUCUUCGACGGUGAAGGGCCGGCUUGA